CUUUCUCACAUUGAAUGUUUAUUGACGAUUCAUGUCUCGGUUGAUCAAUGUAAUGAUCAUUAUAAUUAUAUAUAAUCAUGUGUUGAUCAGUAAACUUAUUGCAAAAAUGGACAACAUUAUUAUUAGAACUUGGCGAUAAGUUUAAUAUAGUUGCGUGAAGAAAUUGAGAUACAUAGUUGUAUUUUCGUAUAAAAUAUUUGAUCAAACUUAUUAUUGAUCACUUAUUACAUCGUAAUCAAAAGAUUUCUUCAAAAUUCAUCCUCGAAUACAUGAAAAUUUGUCACAAGAAUUAAUCACGCAUGCGUAUCAUGUUUGAAUGCGUUCAAAUCUAAACUGUCGUGCAAAGCGUGCAAACGACUGCAAAGUUAUAACAGUCUUUCGACUUUCUCUUUGAUUAUACGGAUUGGCAAGUGGGAAAUUAUUACAGCUGCAAAAUGGAUUUGGAUCUCGAACAUGUGCACAAUAUUUUAACUGAAUCAAAUCUUCCAUCAAGUAUGAAUGAUUUAAAAAAUCCAACAGAGGAAUUUGUUGUCAAUCUGAUUCAUACCUUCCUAAAAAGAUUUCACGUCGACAUUAACAUGAUUGAUAGACCAACAAUGGAACAGCACGAAAUAAUGUUGUACUCUGAAGAUUCAGAUAUAAUUAAUCUGAUAAAUUUACACACAGUUAUGGUUCAACUAUGUAAUCGAAUAUUCUUGAAAGAUCUGUGCAUUACUGAUAUCACCAGUCCAGGUACGAAGAAAAUACGCAAACAGGCGAAAUUGUUAGCAAAUUUUAUACUAUACGUAAAUAGUAAAGAAUCGGAAAUUGGACAUCGGCUUGAUGAACUUAAGAACAGAGUAAAAAUGCUGGAUGAAAUCCUGGAUAAGAAAGAAAAAAUAUUAGAAACUAAAAAUGAAAAAGCAUUGCACGUGGCAAAGCAAUUGUCAGUGAAAGAAACGUUGAUCGCUGAGAUUCAAAAAGUAAGAAAUACAAUUGAAAAGAAUAGCAAGGAAGAUGAAUCGUUAAUUGUACAGAUCUCGGAUGCAGCAAAGAAGAAGCAAGAAGUAAUGGAACGUUCUGGAACUUACAAGACACAGAUUGCAGAAUUAACUAAAUCGAUAGUAGAAUUGAAAUCACAAAUUAUUACAUCUCCUGAAGAGUAUGAAAAACGGUUGUUCGAAUUGGAGGAACAGCAAAGUACCAAGAUGAAAGAACGUGAAACGAUGGUAGAAGCAUUGCACGAUAAGCUGCAGUUGAUUGAACAACAAAAGAAUAAAUUGAAUUUUAUUCACGAAAAAUUGGAGAAGCUGUCUGAAGUUCGAGACAUAUACGAUCAAUUAAAGAUGCUAAGUGUCCAAGAAGAUGGAGUUAAGAAACAAGUUGAUGUUCUUAAGAAGGAUAUUAUAGAUUUUCAGAAAAAAUUAGAAACUCAAGCUCAGCGCAAAGAAUACGACAUAGACGAAGUUUACGCGCAGUGCGAGAAAAUUCUAUCUCCUUUGCGCGUUUCGCGUGAUCAGUUAUUGAGCGAUAAGAAAUUAAACGAAGAACGGUUGAAGACAGUUCAAAUGGAACAAGAUGAAGAUUGUUCAAAAUUGAAUAGAAUGAAAAGCGCAGUAAAGGAAUUGGAAGGAGAGACUGCAGUGUUGUUAAAGAAUUAUCAAGAAUUGUAUGACAAUGAGAUCUCAACUGAAAAAACUUUGCGUGAUCAGUUAACAAAGGAAUAGAAGACGCGAAAUGUUGAAGGGUAUAUGUGUGUAACAUACGUGAGGUAACAUUUUUUAAAUCAUCG